UACAUCAACAAACAACACUCCAUGUAUGUGUAAGUAUGCACUUUUCAUGAAAGAAUAGGGCUUUGCACAUUUCUUUCACUCUUUCCUUUUUCUUCGCUUCUUCUUCUGUUCCUUCUUGUUUUCGGUCUUAUUAUCUUGUUCAUAUCUUUUACAUAAAAAAAGUUUUAGAAAGAUAAUGCCUGUUCCAACAGCAGGGACACCAUCGUCAUCAAUAUUUUCGACAACAGAAGAAGAGGAGCUUACUUGCUGGGACUAUGUGCGUGGCGCACCUGCAGGUAUCAAUGAUUGGAUUGCCCUGGAACUUGACCGUAUCGAACGUCAAGUGCUUCCCCGGCAUUGCAAGAAUUAUGCGGCACUUGCAAACUUUCUGGAGUCCAUGAUGUACAAAACAACCAGCUACAGUUACUACUGCUGCAAUGCACGGUCGCAACAGGAUGAUACGAGCAUUACCACCACCCCCACAACAACAGAUGCUACUACUACUUGAAGCAUAGCUCACCAUCAUAACUCGGGGGAUGAACCACAAAGAACUAUGUGCUUUCGUCUUAUGGGUCUAGACACAACAAUAAAGUGCUUGUGUCUUCUGCUUCUUCUUCGACAAUAAUACCUUGUAACAUCGCUGGUUGUAUCUCUCAUUUUCUAUAUCCAUUAAUGUAAACUUUUUUUUGCCACUGCUAUUGUUAUUAUGUAAAUAUCAUAACCUUAAAGAAAAUGGUGUAUAUUGAUAAGUGUGUAGGUCCAAUCAUUUGUAUCAUAUAAUGUACCUGCUUCCCCUACUUCAUCUCUCAUCCCUACCCUUCUUUUGCCCCUCACCGUUCCUGUUUGCUGAAAGUAUGGAAUUUGUACGUAUGCGAUUAAACUCUAAUUUUUCUGACAUAAUAUUAUUACAUGGGACCCUACAUACAUUAUAUAUCGUCAUCGAUGUAUAUAGAUGUAUAAUAGAAAUCAG